AUGAUCAAUGCACGCAAGCAGAGAGUGCUGGCUAUUGCUGCACUGUGCUUUCUGAUCAUUCUGUUUGUGUCCGUGACCAAUACCGGCGAUAAGAAGCCGCAACUGCUUGCUGGGGAACGAUCCUAUUCUCCCACCCCGGGCAACAAUAAGCUGGCCCAGGCUGGAGGAAACGUGAACCAGCUUGUCAAGGACAAGUCGGGGGUGAUUGACGAGUCGAAAGUGAAGCAGGCAGAGGAGUUUUCCAGCGUCAAGCCUCCUGUGAAGGCUCCUAGUGGCGACUCGUCGCAGAAGAAGAUCACAGCAGACACGUCGAAGAAAGCCGGAUCGGCAAAGGAAAAUCUGGCCAUAAAAGAUCAAAAAGGUCCGGCAGACACGAAGGAACAGAAGUUGGCCGACUCAAAAGAUUCACUUGGAAACAGUGUCGCCAAAGAUGAAACCAAAGCCGACAUCCAGCGUUCAAACGUAGACUCUAAGAAAUUGGCUGAUUCGGACGUCAAGAAGGUGGCGGACCACGAGGAUAGCGCCGGGUUUGACGCAGCCAAGGAGUUCAAGGAGAUUCUCAGUCUUUCUCCUGUGGCUAUCUUCUCCAAAUCUUACUGUCCAUACUCUAAGAAACUCAAGGAUUUGUUGCAAACGAGCUACGACAUCACUCCUCAGCCCACAGUUGUUGAGCUGGAUCUCCACAAACACGGCAAAGAGCUCCAGGACUAUAUUGCCUCGGUGUCAGGCAGAAGAACUGUGCCGAACCUGUUUGUUAACGGCGUCAGCCGCGGUGGCUCGGAUGAAAUGAGCGCUUUGCAUGCCGACAACAAGCUUCUUGACCAGCUCACUGCGUGGGGAGGUCCAAAGGUUAAGGUGGAAAAGAUCAAUAAGCCUUCGAACUCGUAA